CUUCAACUUCAAGUUUUGAAGUUUUGGCCACAGCUCAGAGUCAGAUUGACGUCGCUUGAGAUGCUCAGCAGACGCUAGCUUUGGGCACUUUUGGAGUCUAAGGCUGAAGCUUUAGAGGCAGGGCAUGCUAUAUUCCCAGUCUAGCACGGCUGCAGAUGGCAUCUGGAUCGAGCGGUGGCCUCGGGAGCCGCCUCGCGCAGCUCACUAAAAAGUACGGCAAGGUCGCCCUGGGUGUGCACAUAUCCGUCUCCAUCUUGUCGACCGCCAGCCUCUACUUCGCAAUCAGCCACAAUGUUGACGUGAAUAAGUUGCUGGAAAGAGUGGGCUUGGCGUCGGAAGAGGCGGUCGAACACCAAGCUGCGGACUUGCAAGUCGAGAUGGAUAAGUUUGGGAUUCCGGGGGGGCCGAGAGUGAACCACACGGAACAGUCUGGUGCUAGCGGAAGUGAUCAAAGUGGGGGAGGUGCUUUGCCGGGGGCGGAUUCGAAAGAUGAAACGAAGAAAGGGGCUCUGGGGGGGUUCUCAGGGAAGACAGUUCAGGGGGGCAGCGCGCUAGCGUUAGCUGUGCUAGCUAACAAGGCGCUCUUUCCGAUCAGGGUACCGAUCACUCUGGCGCUGACACCGUAUGUUUCUAGACUGUUGUCAAAACGGGGGGCGCACGCGGCGGCGCAGGCGUCUGCUUCGUCAAUCAGUGCGCGAACAAUUGCUUUGGGCAGCAUACGCCCCUUUGGCAGCAGAGAGAGGAUCAUCCGGGCUUGA